AAUUGUCCAAUCCCCCAAUUUCGUUCUCCUUUCUCUUCAAGAACAAUCAUUCGCCGAUACGCACAGACUGACGGAGAAGAUAACCGGCGGGCAGGGCAGGAAGCGGACGCCACGGCGGAGACCGACGGUUGAAAGUUGAUUAGGAUACUUUAUUUUAGGGUUGGAUAAGGGAGGACUUGAUCCGAACCCUCUCCGAUGGCGCUGAAGUUUCUGAACAAGAAGGGAUGGCACACGGGGAGCCUUCGUAACAUCGAGAACGUGUGGAAGGCGGAACAGAAGCAUGAGGCCGAGCAGAAGAAGCUGGAGGAGCUCCGAAAGCAGAUCGUGGAGGAGAGAGAGCGCGCCGAGUUUCGAGAACUCCAGGAACAAGCCGGUCUCGUCCCGAGGCAAGAGAGAUUGGAGUUUCUGUAUGAUUCUGGCUUAGCUGUGGGAAAGAGCAGUGGGUUCAAGGCUCUUGAAUCUUUGCCCACGAAGACCGAUCCUCCUGAUUUAACAGCUGCUUCUACUUCUGCAACCAAGGCUCAAUCAGCAGUUCCUGGUGCUUUAUUUGAGGAUAAGCCGCAAUCUGCUAAUGAUGCUUGGAGGAAACUCCAUUCAGAUCCCUUGCUAUUAAUUCGACAACGGGAGCAAGAAGCUUUGGCUCGUGUGAAGAACAAUCCUGUACAGAUGGCCAUGAUUCGGAAAUCUGUUGAGGCAAUGAAGCACAAGACUGGCGAUAAAAAGGACGAGAAGCACAAACGGAAGCAUCAUCAUCAUAAGAGGUCAAAACAUCAUAGAAAGUCAAACCACCAUAGUUCAUCAGGUUCAGAUGAAGAUUCAAGUGGAGAAGGGAAGAGAAAAAAAGAUACUCAUACCAAAUUCACCGGCUCAAACCCUGAGAGAGAGCAAGAAUCCAGUCGUCACGCACGGGAUAGAAAGGAAUGUGUAGAUUCUCUCCAGAGAGAUGCACCAAAGAGGGAGGAAAACAGGCGGAGAUGUCCUGUCAGGCUCUCUGAAGAAGAGAGGGCUGCCAGGCUGCGGGAGAUGCAGCUCGACGCCGAGCUGCACGAGGAGCAACGAUGGAAGAGGAUAAAGAAGGAAGAGGAAAGGGAUGCCAAGGAAGCAGCCAUGGCUGGUGCACAGCAGCUGUCUUCUGGUGGAAGGAAUUUCCUGGAUGCCGCCCAGAGAAGCAUAUAUGGGGCUGAGAAGGGAGGUAGUUCCACCAUUGAAGAGAGCGUCCGUCGUAGGACCCACUACUCACAGCGCCGAUCUGACGAAGCAUCCGAACGCAAUGCCUUUCGGAGGUAACGAAGAUGUAAUUUUGAGUGCAACUAUUGUAUCUCGAAAUCUACCAUUCUUGUUGUUGGUUGUGUUUUUUAAAGCCGUUUGUUCACAAUUCCCAGCAAAAAAUGUAGUGUAAUCUUGUGAUUGGGUUUCAUGAAUAUGCAAUUUAUGAAAAGUUAAAUGCCACCCAAUUCUAAGAAUUCUGAACACUGCCAGCCAGUUUGGUUUUGUCCAAGUAUGUGAAAUAUAGGUGUGUGGGUUUGGUUCUUUGUUAUCCCAAAAGCCACUUCAGCAGGACGGUUGGGUCUUUGGUUAUUUCUUUUCUUAUUCAAAAUAUUUUCUCCAUCUCAAAAACAAUUACAUGUUCACUAUCCAGUGAUUU